AUGGCGCCUACCAAUCAACCAUUUACUUUGCGUUCAAUUCUUGAGAAAGAUAAGUUGAAUGGAACAAACUAUGCGGAUUGGAUCCGCAACCUGAGAAUUGUUCUCAAGGCUGAGAAAAAGGAAGAUAUUCUAGACACCCCAUUACCUGUAGAGCCUACUGAUAAUGCACAUGCUGCUGAGAAAAACGCUUACAAGAAGGCAUGUGAUGCUGAUCUUGAAACUCAAGCCAGGACUGAAAGAUUCAAUGUCUCAAAGGCUUUUGUUGAAACCAAGCUAGCAGAGGGCGCAGUAGUAGGGCCACAUGUGAUCAAGAUGGUUGGUUACACUCAGAGGUUGGAGAAGCUGGGCUUCCCAAUUGGCCCAGAGUUGGCUACUGAUUUCAUUCUUGCGACUCUUCCACCUAGCUAUGGGAACUUCAUCUUGAAUUACCAUAUGCAUGGGGCGGAAAAGGUCUUGAAUGAAUUGUGUGGCAUGCUUAAAACUGCAGAGGCUGAUAUCAAGAAAGGUGUUGGCAGUAGCCAUGUGAUGGCGGUCCAAAUAAGCCCCGAUUUAAAAAGAGGGGCAAUUCUUGGAAGAAGAAGAAGGGCAAGGCUAAAGGUGAGGCUAAAGGUGAGAACUCUAAGCCAAACCCACCUGCGCCCAAGGCUGGACCAACUGCUGACACUGAAUGCUAUCAUUGUAAGGGGAAAGGUCACUAGAAGAGGAACUACAAGCUGUACUUAG